AUGCGCUCGUUGGGUCCGGCCAGCCACUGCUCCCUCGACACCAGCUCCGACCUCUCCUUGACGUCCUCCACCUCGCGCGACAGCUCCUCCCGCCCCAGCUUCAGGGCUCACGCCAAACACAAGCCUCCCGCCGCCAGCAUCGCCACCGCGCCGCGCUCUUCCUCCGCGGCCUCAACCACCACCACCAUCACCACCACCAUCACCUCCGCCAGGGCUUCCUCCGCCGCCGCUAGGUACGCCGCCCUCACCGACGCCCACGCACCAAAGCGGCCCCGUGCUCUCAGACCCGCCCUCCACCAGCAACCCCCGAGUGCACGCUCCUCGGUUCGCUCCACGUCCGACUCCCUCCAGCCUCCUGCUGGCCACUCGCCGUCACCAGCUUCCCACUCCUUUGAGCGUGCCAGGAAACGGUCCUCCCUCUCGCCUCAGCCCGGCCCCCGGCGUUCUUCAGCCGUCUCCGCGAGGUCGUCAUCAAACUCGUCUGGCGCCACUUCUUCAGGCAGGUCGGUGUCGGCAACCCUCAGCUCGUCCACAUCCUCCAACUCCACGCUCGCGGCCAAAUCACGGCGAUCCCUCGCUCCCACCAGCACCGCAACCACAAACACCUCCGACAGGCGAGAGCGAAGGAGCAGUGGCAUAUCCACCACGACACCCACCGCCUCUGCCCCUCCCUCGGUGGCCAGGCCUUCUUCGGCUGCAUCGCUCGCUCAUCGAGGAGCCCCAACAGUACGCCUUCACAAUGGUGCUCUGCGCACAUCCGCACCAGUUGGAUUCGUGAAGCAGGCACCCCUGGGCGUGUCCCGCACUCCCAUUAUGCCUACAGACAGACCAGGCCAGGGCUCGGCGCCUGUCAGACCAACAAUGCCGACCCUCAGUGCCUCUGCGAUGCGGCCGUCGAGCAGAGCACCCCUAAUGCCAAAGGUGGCAGCAAAAGGUCACCAAGCCCCUGCCCUGGCACCAAGUGCCAUGACAACGCCGGUUGCAAAGCGUUUCUCUCAUCCAAAGAUCGGUACCACAAACCACCACGAUGUUGAUUCUCCCAGCGCAGACACUCCAGCUCCAUAUCUGGCUGCGCACGUCACCCCACGUUCUGGAACGAGGCAGGUUCGUGUGGACAGUGCUAACAGCACCCCAAACGGAACACCCAAUUUAGACCGGCAAGAUGGUUGGGACCCAUUGCCGGGCAGCACUGCGCAUCUUUCCAAUAUCGAGGCACCCAACUUCAGAAAGUCGACAGACUAUGGCAACGUCAAUAGGAUCGAAAGCCCAACGGCCUCCGACUCGAAGUUCUUCCAUGCAAGCGACGUCAAGACUUCCCUUCCUCGACCAGCAGCUCCGCAUACCAAACAGACUCCUUCGAAGCCACCCACGUUCUUCUAUGCCAACGGCAACACUAUCGGUGAUACCCCUCCUCCGACCACACAAUCCGCGCCGGCACUCGCGCAGCAGACUCAGAAUGAUGUACAGAGCAAAUUCCUCUACGCCAAUGGCGUUCCAGAACUGCGACCAAGCCCACCAGUGUCCCGUGGUUCGAGCUCAGGUGUGUCUGGUUUACAGCCAAAGUCAGGAGGCCGUCCCAGCUCUGGCUUACAAAACAGCCCUCAACUCGGCGGCCACGCAGUGCAACGUCCGCACUCGCCUGUCAAGCUCGCCGGUCAGACUCCGCACCCUCUACCCAAAAUGCAAGCUAUACCUUCGGGCACACCUCCGCGGUCCCACGUCACUUCUCCCCAACCCGCGCCCCCGAAACGUAGUUCGAUGCGGCGUACAAGCUCAGGCACAUCAUCUUGGACUGGUGGCCACUCGAGAACUGGCAGCUUGGUCUCUGUUGAGCAUGUGAUGAACGCCCCGAGAUUCACUUCACCUCAGCUGUCACCCCAUUUUGCGACAGAGCCGGUGUCCCCGCUACAUGCACCAUCUACUCCAGCGCCAUUAACCCUCGCCUCCAUCAUCCAGGCAGCCGAUGAAUUCGACGACGGGGAGCCGUCGGAGGGCAGCUCUACGGGCGACGCUCCAUCCGAAGAUCUCCAGAGCCCGACAAAAUCAGCGCAAACACCUGACCCGAUCAAUGAGUUGGUGGCCAAUGCUCGCCGUGAACGCAAGGUCCAAGAUCUUGAAAUCACCAACGCAUCUUUAGAGGCAAUCAACCGCACCCUGGAGAGACAGCUCAAGAAACAAACGGCAGAAAUCCGUCGUUUCAAGCGCAUGUCCCGCACUGGUCGGCUUUCUAUGGCUUCUGCAGGCCUGUCGAGCCGUGCAAGCUCUGAAUUCCUGAACGGCGAACAAGCCGCGGAUCUCAGUCUGGCCGAUCUCAGUGAAGAAGGCCCAGAGCUCGACGUCGACCUUGCUGAUGACUCGUUUUCCGACUCGGAGUCGACUUCAGAGUCUUUGACUCCAAGCAUCAUAGCCGAAAGGGAUUCACGGCACAGGAAAAGAGACGAAAAACGUCUACGACUAGACCUCACAAAGCAUCAGGAGAUAUUGGUUGACUCGCAGAAGCUAAACCAGAGUAUUCUUCGCUGCAUGAGUUGGACCGAGGAGCUGAUCAAGGAGGGUCAAAAAGCGCUCGACUACCAUGUUCGAGUCAGCGAAGUCAAGAUUGGCGGGCGGAUCCUUGACCCUCUUGAUGAAGAGGAGGAUACAUUCGACAGUGCUGCCCUUGACAGUGGCAACCUUGACCUUGACGCCACUCUAGCGGAACUGGACGACAUUGCUGCCGAUCUUGACCGAACGCUUUGA